AUGUUGUUUUUGAUUUGUUUCGCAGAUGUUGCGUUGAAAGCGUUGAAAGACACAUGGAUUAACGUUCCGCCGAAUUGGGUCGGGUCCGAUCCUUGUGGAGAUGUUUGGGACGGGAUUACGUGCAAGAACGACCGCGUCGUGUCCAUCACGUUAGCGAGCAUCAACUUGACCGGUCAACUAUCUUCGGACAUUUCGGGAUUGACCGAGUUGCAGACCUUGGACCUGUCAUAUAACAAAGGCAUGACUGGAUCUCUUCCUUCGGGAAUCGGAAAUGUCAAGAAACUAUCGAGCUUAAUACUCGUCGGUUGCGGAUUUUCCGGCCCCAUACCACCCUCAAUCGGCUCUCUACAACAGCUCAGAUACUUAUCGCUUAACUCGAACAACUUCAUUGGUUCGAUACCACCCUCCAUCGGUAACUUGUUAAAUCUUUAUUGGCUGGAUCUAGCCGAUAAUAAGCUUACCGGAACAAUCCCCGUCUCCGAUGGAACCUCACCUGGUCUCGAUAUGCUCGUCAAUACAAAGCACUUCCAUUUCGGAAAGAAUCAGUUGUCCGGUGUAAUACCACCCCAGCUGUUUAACUCAAACUUGGCUCUCAUACAUUUGCUUUUCGAAAACAAUCAGCUAACUGGAAGUAUCCCUUCUACAAUGGGGCUUGUACGUACACUGGAGGUUGUGCGGCUCGAUAGGAACUCACUGAGUGGACCAGUUCCCUCAAACUUCAACAACCUCACCUCUGUCCAGGAGCUGUUCUUGGCAAAUAAUAAGCUGACUGGAUCAUUGCCCAAUCUAACUGGGAUGAAUUUGCUCCACUAUGUGGACAUGAGCAAUAAUUCAUUCGAUGCAACGGAUAUUCCACCAUGGUUUUCAUCUUUGCAGUCCUUGACUACACUGAUAAUGGAAAACACAAAAAUUCAAGGAUCACUUCCAGUUUCUCUGUUUAGCCUUCUCCAGUUGCAAACGGUAACAUUGAAGAACAAUCAAAUCAACGGUACCUUAAACAUCGGCUCAAACCACAGUAACCAGCUACAAAUCAUCGAUUUACAAAACAAUCUGAUCGACGCCUUCACUCAACGAGCUGGUUUCACCGUUCAAGUCAUACUCGUCGGAAACCCGAUAUGCAACGAAGGAGGGCAAGAGAGUUACUGCACCAUUCCUCAACCGUCUAACAAUUCAUACUCAACACCGCCGCAAAACUGCAUGCCUUCGAAUUGCAGUUCGGAAACCGUUUCGUCCCCGACUUGUAAAUGCGCCUACCCUUACACGGGGACGCUUAUUUUCCGAGCCCCAUCGUUUUCAAACUACAGAAACGGGACUAUUUUUGUUUCUCUCGAAAACAAACUGAUGUCCGUGUUCAAGUCUCGCUCCCUCCCUGUGGAUUCCGUUUCUGUCAGCAAUCCGAAUCGAAACAUCGAUAAUUACCUUUCGCUUGAUCUGCAAGUCUUUCCGUCGGGCCAAGAGUUUUUCAACCGCACCGCGAUUUCCGGGAUCGGAUUUACGCUGAGCAAUCAAACGUUCAAGCCUCCGCCUGAAUUCGGACCCUUCUUUUUCAUCGGCCGUAGCUAUCCAUACUUUCAAGGUAUUUCGGUGGAGGGUUCGCCAUCGAAAAAGUCAUCGAACACGGGCGUUAUCAUCGGAGCGGCAGUUGGCGGUGCUGUUCUGUUAUUGCUGCUAAUAGUUGCAGGUGUUUAUGCGAUUCGACAGAGGACAAGAGCCGAAACAGCCGACCGAAUGAAUGAUCCUUUCGCAUUGUGGGACCCGAGUAAGAACAGCGGAGCAGUUCCUCAGCUGAAAGGAGCCAAAGCUUUCACGUUCGAAGAACUUAAAGAAAGCACGAAUAACUUUUCAGAAUCCAAUGCGAUUGGAAGUGGCGGCUAUGGAAGGGUAUAUAGAGGAACCCUUGCGAAAGGACAAUUGGUUGCUAUUAAAAGAGCCGUGCAAGGAUCUAUGCAAGGCCGUCUCGAGUUCAAAACCGAGAUCGAACUCCUCUCUAGGGUUCAUCACAAGAAUGUCGUCAGUCUCGUCGGUUUUUGUUUCGAUCACGGCGAACAAAUGCUCGUCUACGAGUUCAUUGCAAAUGGAACAUUGAGAGAUAGUAUUUCAGGAAAAUCGGGAAUACGAUUAGAUUGGAUGAGGCGGCUUCGAAUAGCACACGGAGCAGCCAAAGGGAUACAAUAUUUACACGACGAGGCAAACCCUCCGAUCAUACACAGAGAUAUCAAAUCGAACAAUAUCUUAUUAGACGAACGCCUCAACGCCAAAGUUGCCGAUUUCGGCCUCUCUAAGAUUAUGCAUGAUUCCGAAAGGAACCACGUCACUACUCAAGUUAAAGGCACAAUGGGAUAUUUGGAUCCGGAAUACUACAUGACACAGCAACUGACGGAAAAGAGCGAUGUGUACAGCUUCGGAAUAUUGAUGUUCGAACUUUUGACUGCAAGACUUCCGAUCGAAAAGAAUAAGCAUAUUGUAAGACAAGUGAUGUCAUCGAUGGAUAAGUCGAAAAGUAUGUAUAACCUACAAGGGCUUCUAGACCCCGCAGUAGCUUCCAGAAUGUCGACAAAGAGCGUCGAAAUGUUUGUGGAUUUGGCUUUGUGGUGCGUUAAAGAACUAGGGUCGAAUCGGCCUUCGAUGAGUGAGGUUGUUAAGGAGAUUGAGAAUACGAUGGAAAUCGCGGGGAUAAACCCUAAUGCUGAGUCAACACCGAGUUCGUCGACUUACGUAGACGCGAACAAAGCGAGUAAGCAUCCUUAUAGUGAUGAGAGUCUGUUUGCCUACAGUGGUUCUUAUCUUGAUAGUUCUUCAGGUUUUCAACCAAAGUAGAGCGAAUUUUUAUUUAUUUAUUUAU